GAGACCUGGAGAUUGUGAACAGUGCAACUAAGAAAAACACACGCGAUGUUGGUGUGACUUUUCCUACCCCAAGAUCUAGCCAGCCAAAUCGACGGCCACAGGAACCCUGGCAUUGUGUUGAUGGUAUUUUUGGAGAGUCAGAUGGUAUGGUCACAGAUCGUCAGGCAGCAGGAAGCAAGGGUAAGCAGAAGGGACAGCCAGGCAGUUUUUUCGUGGAGAAAAGGACGAAAAGGAGCAGGCUGCAUUUACCACAAGGAAUUUCAUGGUUCGUCCAAGCAGAAGACUUGAAAUCUGAGUCUAGGAAAGAAAACCAUUCCCAUUCCUUUUCUGGUCCUGGUCCCGCUUGGUUUGAACCAUUGACCAGCACAAAGCCUUGGAGAGAGCCUCUCCGAGAGAAGAACUGGCAAGAGCAGCAGCACAGCAACGCGAUUCAGCCAGCAGUUCCAGAAAGAGAUGCUGAGAACAGGUCCUUGCGACCGUUCGUGAAGCUUACGCUACAGGAGGCUCUGGCAGUGCAUCGCCCUGAUUUCAUCUCCCGCUCUGGAGAGCGUGUGAAGCAUCUGAAGCUUGUAAUGGAGGAAAGGCGGAUGCAGAACGUACUGCAGUCUGAACGAGAAGAGCUAUUUAAUCCUCCGGAGAAAAGAAAGGGCUACAGGAAUGCAAGUCACAUGCUGUCCAACAGAGGUUUUCCGAUUAGAGAAAAGAGAAGAACAAUUCCAAAGAGUGAAAUGGUUCAAAGAUCUAAACGGAUCUAUGAGCAGCUGCCAGAGGUGCAGAAGAAGCGAGAGGAAGAGAAGAGAAAAAUGGAAUACAACUCGUACCGCCUGAAAGCACAGCUUUACAAAACGCUGCCCUCGUCCUUUGCAGAAGGACCCAUAACAGGUAUUUGUGCUGACGAAGCAGUGGUGGAAGACGCAAAGCGUGGGAAGAUCCUGCGCACGCCUCCUGUGCUUGUGCGACUCGAUGUGCUGGUGGCCUCCUUCACGACUACGAAGAGCGAGCGCCUGGGAGGACAGGAGCACCCUGAAAAUGGAUACCGAGGGGCUCUCUCUGUCUGUAAUUCCACGGCUUUGCGUGCCAGGCUGCUGAUUUACGGCUGCUCUGCUCAACUUCCACCGAGCUGCCUGGAUCCAAGAAGGGACGGCAAUGCCCUCUGUUCCUCACCACACUUCCACGGGUUUAUUCUUUGA